CGGGAGGCGGAGCGAGCCCAAAAUGGCGGCUCUCAGGCUGGCGCGCUCCUUGCUGCUCGGGCUUUGAGGUGGUCGCCGGGUUGUUCGGGGGACGAUUUCCCCGCCGCGAGGGCCCCAGAGAAUGAAUUGGGGGCUCUGCUAAGGUCAGGCGGCGGGGCUGGAGAGAAGUGGCAGCAAGGGGUGCGGUGGCGUCCACGCAGCGGGAUGUGCGAGAGUUACUCCAGGUCGUUGUUGAGGGUCUCGGUGGCGCAGAUCUGCCAGGCGCUGGGCUGGGACUCGGUGCAGCUCAGCGCCUGCCAUCUCCUCACGGACGUGCUGCAGCGCUAUCUGCAGCAGCUGGGCCGGGGCUGCCAUCGGUACUCUGAACUCUAUGGCCGAACAGACCCAAUAUUGGAUGACGUUAGUGAAGCUUUCCAGCUUAUGGGAGUCAGUCUUCAUGAAUUAGAAGACUAUAUUCACAAUAUUGAACCUGUCACUUUUCCACAUCAAAUCCCUUCAUUUCCUGUUAGCAAGAACAAUGUACUCCAGUUUCCGCAACCCGGAAGUAAAGAUGCAGAGGAAAGAAAAGAAUACAUUCCGGAUUACUUGCCACCCAUUGUGUCUUCUCAAGAAGAGGAAGAAGAGGAGCAGGUGCCCACUGAUGGGGGCACAUCAGCAGAAGCCAUGCAGGUUCCCCUGGAAGAAGAUGAUGAAUUUGAGGAAGAGGAAAUUAUUAAUGAUGAGAAUUUUCUGGGUAAGAGACCAUUGGACAGUCCCGAAGCUGAAGAGAUGCCUGCCAUGAAACGACCACGGCUUUUAAGCACUAAAGGAGACACCCUUGAUGUAGUAUUAUUGGAAGCUCGAGAACCACUCAGCUCAAUAAAUACACAGAAGAUUCCACCAAUGCUUUCUCCAGUCCAUGUGCAGGACAGCACUGACCUAGCACCUCCAUCACCCGAGCCGCCAAUGUUGGCUCCAGUAGCAAAAUCACAAAUUCCAACUGCAAAACCAUUAGAAACAAAGGCAUUUACACCUAAAACAAAGACCAAAACUAGUUCUCCGGGACAGAAAACUAAAUCACCUAAAACUACUACCCCAUCACCAGCAAUAGUUGGAAGUCCUAUUCGGUCACCAAAAACUGUAUCCAAAGAAAAGAAAUCACCUGGACGUUCCAAGAGCCCCAAAAGUCCCAAGAGCCCCAAGAUUAUGACUCAUAUUCCCCAACUACCUAUGAGACCUGAAACACCAAAUAGAACUCCUUCAGCUACAGUAAGUGAAAAAAUUAGUAAAGAGACCAUCCCAGUAAAACAAACACAGACUCCCCCUGAUGCUGGGAAACUGAAUAAUGAAACUCAGCCGAAAAAGGCUGUUGUAACAGAUAAAACAAUUGACGACUCUAUUGAUGCUGUAAUUGCACGAGCCUGUGCUGAACGGGAGCCAGAUCCUUUUGAGUUUUCUUCUGGGUCAGAGUCGGAAGGAGACAUUUUUACCAGCCCUAAGAGAAUUUCAGGUUCAGAGUGUACCACUCCAAAAGCUUCCACUUCCUCAAACAAUUUCACGAAAUCAGGGUCCACUCCUCUCCCUCUUUCAGGUGGAACUUCAAGUUCUGAUAACUCAUGGACAAUGGAUGCCUCAAUUGAUGAGGUCGUACGGAAGGCAAAACUGGCAACACCUUCCAAUAUGCCUGCCAACUUUCCUUACAUCUCUUCGCCAUCAGUUUCUCCUCCCACUCCUGAGCCUCUCCACAAAGUAUAUGAGGAGAAAACCAAGCUGCCUUCCUCUGUGGAGGUAAGGAAAAAGUUGAAAAAAGAGCUAAAGACUAAAUUGAAAAAGAAAGAAAGGCAGAGAGAUAAGGAGAGGGAAAAAGACAAAAGUAAAGAAAAAAGAGAGAAGGAUAAAGUGAAAGAGAAAGAAAAGGAAGCUGGCAAGGAAACAAAGUACCCAUGGAAAGAAUUUCUUAAAGAUGAAGAUUCGGAUCCCUAUAAGUUUAAAAUAAAAGAAUUUGAAGAUGUUGAUCCAAAAGUGAGAUUGAAAGAUGGAGUUGUGAGGAAAGAGAAGGAGAAGCAUAAAGAUAAGAAGAAAGAUAGAGAAAAAGGUAAAAAAGAUAAAGAUAAGAGAGAAAAAGAAAGGGUUAAAGAAAAAAGUCGAGAAGAUAAGGUGAAGGCGCCAUCAACACCACUGGUAUUGCCCCCAAAGGAAAUGGCUCUGCCCCUGUUCAGUCCUGCUGCGGCAGUGAGGGUCCCCUCCCUGCUGCCUGCCUUGUCACCCAUGCUCCCAGAAAAACUGUUUGAGGAAAAAGAGAAACCUAAGGAGAAAGAAAGGAAAAAAGACAAAAAGGAGAAGAAGAAAAAGAAAGAAAAGGAAAAGGAGAAGAAAGAGAAGGAAAGAGAGAAGGAGAAGAAGGAGAGAGAGAAGAGAGAAAAAGAAAAGGAGAAACACAAGCAUGAAAAAAUAAAAGUGGAACCAGUUGUUCCAGCCCCAAGUCCAGUUAUCCCCAGAUUGACUCUGCGAGUUGGUGCUGGCCAAGACAAGAUUGUCAUCAGCAAAGUGGUGUCAGCCCCGGAGGCUAAGCCAGCGCCUUCUCUGAAUAGACCCAAGACACCACCUCCUACCCCAGCCGCGGUCUCUGUGCAUGUGAACCCCACCCCACUGCCGCUGCCACUCCUGCCACAGGCCGCAGCAGCGUGCCCGACUCUGCUGCCAUCCCUGGCCCCUGCCCUCACGGCAGCAGGGAGCUCCAAGGCGCCUGUGCGGAGCGUAGUGACCGAGACCGUCAGCACUUAUGUGAUCCGAGAUGAGUGGGGCAAUCAGAUCUGGAUCUGUCCUGGGUGUAACAAACCUGACGACGGAAGUCCGAUGAUCGGCUGUGAUGAUUGUGACGACUGGUAUCACUGGCCCUGCGUUGGGAUAAUGGCUGCACCACCAGAAGAGAUGCAGUGGUUCUGCCCGAAGUGUGCCAACAAGAAGAAAGAUAAAAAGCACAAGAAGAGGAAGCACCGAGCGCACUGACAUCUCCUGAGGGUGGGCCGCAUGUCAGCUCUUCCUUUCCUGUGCCUCCCUCCCUUCCUUCCUCCGGGGCAGGAGCCAGUGGGCCCUGCCUCCCAGGCCCCAGGAUGAGGAGCCCGGGAAGACGGAGGACAGCACAGCCGCCUGCUCUGGAACUCUGGAUUGUCCCUUCUGGAACACGCUGGCCUGUGGUUCCAAGGCCGUGUGAGUGAAGAACUCCAGCAGGGGUGUGGCCUAAGGGCUGCUCACCUCCAAUUUUCUAUUACCAGUGACAAGUAUUAGUAAUAAAGACCAUACAUCUUCCCUUUUGAUUCCCUUUAUUCUCUGCAGGGCCUUUUCAUUAAGGUGUUAGGUGAGAAGAUAAUGUAAACUGCCUUGAUUGUAAUUUAAGGAUGAUAUCAUUAGUCUGUAUACAGUUUUCAACUCCUUUCCCUCUAUAGUAAGAUAAUCAUAAUAACAUAAAAGAAAACUCCAGUUGGAGGAGUAUUGGUAAAUAUUUUUGUGAUGAGAAUAUAUGAAGCUUCCCCUCCACCCUCGCCCUGUUUUUAGUACUAACAUGUAAAAUGUUCAGGCUUUUGUGAAAUACCUUAUAUUUUUUAAGAAAAAGGUUUCUAUCAUGUCCUGUUUGCUUCUGUGCAAAUUAUUUUUGUUUAAUGUAUUUCAUACCUUUGUUACAUUCUAAUUUUGCCCUUCUUUAAACUGCUGGAGUCUCUUCUCACUGCUUGUACAUUUCAUCAACUUGUAUAAAAACUUCAUACUAAAAAAUUUCCCCUAAUGUAAAUAAUAAAUAUUUAUGAAGUAGUUAUUUUUAAAAUUUUUAUCGUGUUUAAUUCUGGCUUUCUCUGAAAUCCACUGUGAUUUCAGCCAUGUCUGUAAUUACGGCUGUACAUAAGCAAAGAAGACUAGAGAAAAAGAGCCACAGUGCAGAUUGGUUUACCUUGAGCUGAGUGAACCUGCACAGUGCCAGGACUUGGUGGGGAAAAGGACCCUAGCAGUUGGAAGGAAAACAAGGCAAUUUAAAUCUAGAUCUUAUGAUUUGGAAUUGUUUCCUUUGUUAUCUAUUUUGUUUCUGUAAAUUUAUUUACUUUUAUUAAAAGGACAUAUGGUUUCCACAAAAGAAAAAACAACAACAUAAAACCAUAACUGUAGCAUUUGGUGUUAUAUUAUUUUAUUUCUACGGAUUUGUUCAUUGAUAUUGUACUUUAAGGCUGAAAUGAAAUAUAUUGAGUUUUUUUAAGAAAACAUCAAAUUUCAGGGUAUCACAAAACUUUAUUAUAUUGCUAUACUGCCCGAUAUUUAUUAUAUGUUACAGGUAUCUGAAAGUAAACAAAAUAUUUUAUUUUUAAUGUAAAAACAUCAAAUUUAACUUUAUUAGCAUAUUUUAGCGACUUGGGAAUAAAUAUAGACUUUUACUUGAUUUUGAAAUAAUCCCAGUUUGGGCCCAUGUAAUGGAGAUCUGGAAUGCUAGAAUAUGGGCUUUGAAUCUAAUACAAAUAUAUUAAUAGAAAAUGUGAUUUUUUUUACUGCCAAGUCAAUUGAUAUUGGUGUGUGAAUCAGCCAUAUUUUAAAACUUACUAUGUGGUUACAGAAAUGUGGUUUUCUGCCAUGAAUGUUAAAUUGCAAAUGGGUAGAAAUGGAAUAGACCUUUUUAAAAGUGCAGGAUAUCAUUGCCCUCCUUGUUCUAGAGGCCAGAACUUUUCUAUCCCUGCACAAACAAAAAGUAUGUUGAGAUAUGUGUUCUUUUGUUUUAUUAACUUGAGAUCAUUCAAAUACUUUAUGCAGUAUUUUCACAAUCACAGAUAUACCCAUUAGUGCUUUUUGGAGAGGGAUGAGGGGUGGGGGAAGUAUGAAAUAAAGAUUAUUGGCUAUUUCA